GUCCACUGCAUCCUUAUUCAGUUAUUUAGUUUUCAUUUGGAAACUCCUUGGUUGAAGAAAUGUCUUUAGAGUUCGAAAAGAAUAAAGACAGACUGACUCAAGCUGCAAAAACGUUCUUCUUCCAUGUACAACAUCUUGUUUCUUCCACAAAUACGUUUGUUGAUCUGUUUAAUUGUAAUAUGAACACUCAGAUCCUCUUGACCGCUGUGAAAGAAGAUAGUAACAUUAAGGACUUCUUUGAACAAAUGCUCAAAAGUUGUAAGGAAAUGAAGUCAGUAGUGAAUGCAAAGCACAACAAAAUGCAGACAGAACCAUUAUGGUCCAAGGUUGUAACAGCUCUGUGCUCUGUAGCUGAGAAAUGUACCACUGUAGAGUUGCCUCAUUCAGCUAAGGGAUUGUUCAGCAGUAUCCAGACACCAGUCAUUGUUUCUGUGCUGAGGAGUAGUAACAUCUUUAAGAGUCUAGAAUCUUUACUUUCAUUCUUGAUGACAUUCUCCAUUAUGAAUCUUUGAUUAAGUGAUUUCUAUAGAGAAGAUACCAAGGAGCAAUCAGAUGCCACCACAUCUGGGAAAACCAUGAGUCCAGAUCCUUCCAAACUCACUACAAAAGACACCUUGAAAAAAUUACAGGAUGCAUUAAAAACUGAGAAUGCCAGCAAUCCCAGAGAGUCAGCAGCAGAUCAUUUGGAGCACAUUGUCAAGGCUGUGGAACCACCCUUGCAUAUCCUUCAAAAAGCCAUAAAAACUGUGGAAACUGGUAUUUCCAACUCGAAGAAAGUCAUUGACAAGUAGGAGUGCAAUAGAAGAUAUGUUUGUUUAUUCCUGUCAGAAAAUUAAUUUGAAUUCUGCAAUUUUAAAAAAUACUCCUUUCUACGAUCCUAUUGUAACAACAUUGUGGAAUGUUAACAUAAGAGUGGAGAAUAGUCACCUG